GGCCUUGAGGCGGUCGCACCAAACGAAGCGUGGCAGUGCGGGUAGCCGGUUGCAGCGAUCCUCCUUCCGAGCCGAGAAGCGCUUCGGGAACUUAGACAACCAUGGACUCCGGCGGAGGCUCCUGCAAGUGCGGCGUCUGCGACGAAUGCCUGGAAAGAGGUCGUGAUAGUCCGUCUUCGCAGCAGGGAAGCACGAAACGGCCCAAGGUGGAACAGCCAAUGCCCGAGGAAGAAAUGGAUGCCACCUCCGACGUCCGUGAAGGCGAGGAAGUGCAACGCGAUCCCAGGGUAUCAAGUAGCAGUGGAUCUUCCUGCAGUAGCCCCUCGACGGAGACAACUGCGUUGACGCUGUCUACCGAAGGUCAUCAGCUGACUUCUCCCCCUGAGAAGGCGGCGAGCAAGAGCGCCACUGCGACUCAGGCCGGCACGCACCCGCGUCUGUCCGCGGCAACGCUGUCUUCUGGAAGCGUGGGAGAUUAUUCAGCCGAUGAUGAAAUGAGCACCAGCUCUACGGCUGCUAAAAAAGUCAAGUCAUUGUCACGUAGGCCAGCUUCUCGAGCCACUGGAGCUCUCGGGACGUCUUCGUCAAAAACGGGUGCCGCUGCUGCGGGAGAAACGGAAGCACAACGAACUAGUUCCGAUGCGACGAGUCCGGAAGGCGACGACGACGACUGCUUCCUGCCACCGGAAGCGCCUGCCCCGAGAAAGACUAAGCCUGCCCAAUCAGAGACGAACCCCGAUCAGUCGGAGGCGACGCAACCACCUACGAGCCAGGAACCACCAACCCCGAUGGACGUCGGCGGAAGUGAUGGGGCGCAGUCCGCCGAAACUGCCGACCCUGUUGCAGACGUCUCCGACGUGUGCGCUGGCUCGGACCCAAUAGACGACUCUUCUGCGUCGGAAGAGGAUCCAGACAGGGAUCGGUCAACAGCUCUGUAGGACAGCCUUUGAACGGCGCUUCGAAGACAUGCACAUCAUGUGUGUGGCUGGGACGUGGACUUCGUUGCUAUCUUCGGCGGCAACUUUCGAGAUUUUACAGGUUUUAGAUGAAUAAACACGGGGUCCCUUGUCAAGUAGA